AUGAACCCUCAAAUUAACUGGGAAACCGGCGAACUGGAUUACGAUUGGAGAAAACCCACCGUCGAAACAGUCCGAGAUAACGAACCGAAGGUCAAAAAGGCGACAAACGCUCCCUAUAUCGGACCGAUUGACGAUAAUGGACGAUCCUGGGAAAAUAACGAUCCAAAACAUCCGGAAAAUCGAGUUAAACCAGGGGACCCAGAACUAGGAAUUCCCAAUUACAGGAUCGAAUUGGAGGACAGCGAAUUACUUAUCUCAUAUAUCCAAGGCGAACCGAUACUGGCAAUCUUUGACCCGCAAGGCGAUGCAGCAACUCCUGAAUGCCCAACUCGAGGUGGUAACAAACCCACCUUGGGACCCUGUAUAGGUCGGAUAACGAGGGAUACGCGGUUUGGGCGAUUUAGUAUCACACAAAACACUUGGCUAUGUCACACCGGCACGGACACACUGCUCUAUAAGGCUAGCGGAAAAUCGCAAGAAUUGGUACAAGAAGCAAUCCAAAGGGCAGGAGGAGCGAAGAAGAAGCUCGAAGAGCUCAUCCCCUCCUACCUGAUGGGGUACAAAGACGUCUUCGAAAAGAAAGCAGCAGAACGGUUCCCGAGCUCACGGGCAUGGGACCAUGCUAUCGAUUUAAAACCAGAAUUCGUACCAAAAGAUUGCAAGAUCUACCCCCUAUCCCCUAAAGAGCAGAUGGCACUCGAUGAAUUCCUAGACGAGAAUACACGAAAAGGCUAUAUUCAACCAUCAAUAUCACCAAUGGCAUCCCCUUUCUUCUUCGUAGGGAAAAAGGAUGGGAGCCUUAGGCCUUGCCAAGAUUAUCGAUACCUGAACGAAGGAACGGUCAAGAAUGCCUACCCACUUCCUCUGAUCACAGAACUCCUUGACAAACUCAAAGGAGCGUGCUAUUUUACGAAAAUGGACCUUCGAUCCAGAUAUAACAAUGUACGAAUCAAAGAUGGCGAUCAGUGGAAAGCAGCAUUCAAGACAAAUCAAGGACUAUACGAACCAACGGUGAUGUUUUUCGGACUUUGCAACUCCCCAGCGACGUUUCAGAAAAUGAUGAAUGAAAUCUUUAAGGACCUGCUCGAUGAAGGAUGGAUGAUCAUCUACAUGGACGACAGCCUCAUCUUCUCGAAUAACAUGGAAGAACAUCGACAGUGUACGCUUCGAGUCCUAGAACGACUCAAGCAAAACGAUCUGUUCGUCAAACCAGAGAAAUGCACGUUUGACUCCCAAGAAGUAGAAUACCUUGGGAUGAUCAUACGUCCGGACCAUAUUGGAAUGGACCCAAUCAAGUUGAAAGGAAUCCAGGACUGGUCAGAACCAACAACGGUGAAAGCCGUCCGCGCAUUCAUUGGUUUUGCGAACUUUUACAGGAAGUUCAUCGAUCAUUAUUCUGAGAUAGUACGACCGCUCACUGAUCUCACGAUGACGACAAAGAAACCGAUAUGGGAAUGGACCCCCAACUGCCAACAAGCGUUUGAUAUGCUCAAAGCAAAGUUUGUAUCAGCCCCCGUACUCCUCAUGCCAGAUAAGAUGAAACCCUUUAUUAUCGAGUCCGAUGCCUCGCUCGUGGCUACAGGAGCAGUGUUAAGACAAACUGAUGUCAAUGGAGACCUCCACCCAUGCAGCUAUUUGUCAAAAUCGUUUAACCCAGCCAAAUGA